GGGCCCCCGAGGGCCGGGCGCGUGCGAUUCGCCGCCGCCACGCAGGCGCCGCCUCUCCGGCGCCAUGGCCCCGCCUCCGCCCUCCCCCUCCAUGGCGCCGCCCGGGCUCAUUCAUUCCGCGCCGGGCCUGCAGGACACCUGUGCUCUGCUUCCGUCGCCUCCGGCCGCUGUCGGCUCCAGGAUGUCAGGCCCCGCCACCGACACGCCGUCCGCCAUCCAGAUCUGCCGGAUCAUGCGGCCAGAUGAUGCCAACGUGGCCGGCAAUGUCCAUGGAGGAACCAUCCUGAAGAUGAUUGAGGAGGCAGGUGCCAUCAUUAGCACCCGGCAUUGCAACAGCCAGAACGGGGAGCGUUGUGUGGCUGCCCUGGCUCGGGUGGAGCGCACCGACUUCCUGUCGCCCAUGUGUAUCGGUGAAGUGGCUCACGUCAGCGCAGAGAUCACCUACACCUCCAAGCAUUCGGUGGAAGUCCAGGUCAAUGUGAUGUCGGAAAACAUCCUCACAGGGACCAAAAGGCUGACCAAUAAGGCCACCUUGUGGUAUGUGCCCCUGUCACUGAAGAAUGUGGACAAGGUCCUCGAGGUGCCCCCUGUGGUGUAUUCCCGGCAGGAGCAGGAGGAAGAGGGUCGGAAACGCUAUGAAGCCCAAAAGCUGGAACGGAUGGAGACGAAGUGGAGGAACGGGGACAUCGUCCAGCCUGUCCUUAACCCGGAGCCCAACACGGUGAGCUACAGCCAGUCCAGCCUGAUUCACCUGGUGGGGCCCUCGGACUGCACCCUUCACGGCUUCGUGCAUGGAGGUGUCACCAUGAAGCUCAUGGAUGAGGUGGCCGGGAUUGUGGCCGCACGUCACUGCAAGACCAACAUCGUCACAGCCUCAGUGGAUGCCAUCAAUUUUCACGACAAGAUCCGGAAAGGCUGUGUCAUCACCAUCUCUGGACGCAUGACCUUCACAAGCAAUAAGUCCAUGGAAAUUGAGGUCCUGGUGGAUGCCGACCCUGUGGUGGACAACUCGCAGAAGCGUUACCGGGCUGCCAGUGCCUUCUUCACCUAUGUGUCCCUGAGCCAGGAGGGCAAGCCACUGCCUGUGCCUCAGCUUGUGCCCGAGACUGAGGAUGAGAAGAAGCGCUUCGAAGAGGGCAAAGGCCGGUAUCUGCAGAUGAAGGCGAAGCGGCAGGGCCACGCGGAGCCUCAGCCCUAGGCGUCCUCCUGACCCUGGGGUCAGCACGGCUGCAGCAGUAGCCUUAUGUGCAGUCUUUAGAUAUUACCCCCUUGGCCAGAACCCCAACUCCCACUGAGAGCCAUUGUUGUGUGACGUUCAUGUGGUGGUGUUACUGAUGCCGUCCCAAAACCUGUACACCAAAGCUUUAUUUAUAUCCUUCCAGUACAAAUGCUACCCACUGUUGUCCCAGAGGCCACUAUGGACACCAGAGCCCACUGUAAGGUCUAAAACCCAGCACCACUAAUAAAGCUGCUGUUUGGCUGGACCCCUAAA